AUGAUAUCCUUCAGCCGGCCCCUCCUCGCCGUGCGAUACCGCAACUGGGAGCGCUCCCUUAGAAGGUUCAACAGGAGCUUGCGGUGGAACUUGUGCCGCUGGCUAACCCGAGGCACGUACGAAAACAUGAAAUUUCGCAAAGGCUGGAAGGCCACAUUCGUCAACCCGCAGAAGCGAGCCUUGCCUGCGGACAGCCGCCCCGUACAAUACUGCGACAUGGACAAGUUACACAAGCAGGACCGCGAAUACCGCACUAGUCUGAAAUUUGAUUAA